GUCACGGAUAGACCGACUCUCCCGGAGAGCCCGUGAAGGCAGCACUCUGUCAGACGUUGACGUCACCUCUCCGCUAGACGCACAGCUGAAAGGCUAAUUUGACGUUGUUUUGAUUGGGUUUGUCUGGAUAUUUGGACAAUUCGCCGACAUUACCCGCAGAUUUAGAAGCUUCUACGCGUCACGCCUCAGUGCGGGGAUCCAGCAAAGAUGAAAUGGAUGUUUAAAGAGGACCAUUCCCUCGAGCACCGAUGUGUGGAGUCAGCCAAAAUACGCAACAAAUACCCUGACAGAGUACCGGUGAUUGUGGAGAAGGUCUCCGGAUCUCAGAUAGUGGACAUCGAUAAGAGGAAGUACCUGGUGCCCUCUGACAUCACGGUGGCUCAGUUCAUGUGGAUCAUCAGGAAACGCAUCCAGCUACCUUCAGAGAAAGCUAUCUUCCUGUUCGUCGACAAAACCGUCCCCCAGUCCAGCCUGACCAUGGGCCAGCUGUAUGACAAGGAGAAGGACGAGGACGGUUUUCUCUACGUGGCCUACAGCGGAGAAAACACAUUCGGUUGGACGACCUUUUCUACAGCACAGGGUUAAAGCUUCCCCAGUCCACCCCCACGCGUAAAACACCCGACAGAAACGUGCACGGCUCUUCAAACACUGACCUGUUAGAUGUGCUAGCGCUCCUACACCUUUCAGUUUUUGAUACUGAAAAAAAAAAUCUAUUGUAAAUUAGCAAAAGCAAAACUGCUACGAUGAUUAAACCUUGUUUUGUUCGUCAGGAUCAGAUGAUCGUUGAACGGCUUGAGCUUUCUGGCGGACUUUUCUGCCAUUGCUGCUCAUUUGAAGUCAGUUACAGAGAGGUGAAGAGGUCUUAAACACUGCCGUAAAACCCGAUUAUAAAUCCCAACACCUUACCGGCACGCCAGGACGUGUUUUUAGAGACACAAACCACAGAAUCCGUCACCUCCUGUUUGAUUUGUUUGUCUAAAAUCAAACAGGAUCUUGUGUAAAAGCAGGUUUUGAGUGACUGAGCGGCCGUGUGUUGGUGAGUCCAAACCAAAAAUCACUUUUUGUUUUUUUCUGUUUGCUGAAAAGCCGCCAGGUGAAUUCAGACUACUUGAAUCUAACUACGUUAUUUUUAUGUUUUCUUUCACAAAUGAUCAGAAACGGUUCCGAUUCAAAAGAUUCUUCUAAAUCAGGGGUGCCCAAUCCUGGUCCUGGAGGGCCGGUAUCCAGCAGGUUUUGUGGUUUUUCUGCUCCAACAGGCUUGAUUCAGUGGUUGAAACACCUGUGCAGCAGCUCAUCAGGCUCUGCAGAAGCCUGUUAAUCACCUGCUGAUUGAAAUCAGGUGUGUUGAAACAGAGUUCAAACUAAAACAUGCAGGAUACCGGCCCUCCAGGACCAGGAUUGGACACCCCUGGUAAAUCUAUAAGCUAACUGGGAUGUUUUAUGGUUUUAGGACAUCUGUAAAUCCUAUAAAAUCCAGAAAAACUGGAAAAUUAAAUCUUUUUUUAAUUCCCUUCAUUCAGUCAUUAAGUUACACAGAUUAUUUACAUUUUUGCUUCACAAGAUCCAAAAAGUGGAAGACGUUGAUCAUUAAUCACUGUUAUAUUUGCACUUGUUUAGUUUUAUUUCCCAUAUAUUUAUGCAUGCUUCAGUCUUUGUUUUAAUGCAUUUACAUAACUUUAAAGGACAUUUUUAGUUGCCAGACUUGUAUAAAAGGAGCUGUAUAAAUAAAGUUUUAUUGAUUCAAAAACAA